UCUCCAUGCUAUAUAGAACUCGACGCUCGCACCUUUCACCAACCUCUCUCACCACUCCGCUCAAGCCAGCACAUGUCACUCGUUCACUCCUUAUAAUCCCGAAGGAUUUUCCUUCAGCCAUUCUUUUCAUAGGAAUCAUCAUUCGUUACAAUCUUUCAACAUGCGCUUCUCUAUUUCCGCGGCCGCUUUGAUGGCCAGCGCUGCUGCUGCUCAGCUUACGGUUAUCACUCCUUGUCCGCAAGCCAACGGCACCAACGCAACCCUGAGCUUCGCGCCGAUCACAGUCACAUCUCAAUAUCAAACAGUUUCAACCUGUGUUCCAACAUCGGCCUGUCUCCGUGGAUCAUGCACAACUAAAUAUCCCUUCUCUACUUUCGACUUUGUUAGCACCACCAUACCUGCUUUCUACAACGGUACCACGAUAUCCAGCACCUUGGUCACCACGACGACUCAGAAGGUUACCGUGUCGGUCCACUCUUCGACUGUGACCAGCUUUAUUACGCCCAACGCUACUACCGCAACCAACGGCACCAUAUACACUCCUACAGCUACGCCCGUAUAUUUGACCAUUGUCAAGGACUACUUCGCACCAUACAACCAGAUCGGUCCUUUGGCCAUUCCAGGCUAUGAUGGCAGUGGUCUUUGCACGACUUGUGGCGUCCAAGACGAUGGAAGUCGCUCCCAGGUGGUCGAUGUGACUGAAUGUCGGCUUGGCGCCUAUGGUGCCAAGUGUCUGGGGUACCAAGAGACCUGGGUUUCUAGUUCCGCAACACCUGCUGCCACGUCUGUCCUAGUGGACGCCGUGUCAGUAAGCACCACUGUCCCUACUCCUGGUACCUACACCUUCACCUUCAGUCUCACCGCCGAUGCCGCUGUCAUCACGUCCGAGUCGUCGACGAUCACGGUUCCACCGCAGCCUUACUUUGCUCAUGUCACUCGUGUGUGCUACAAGCACCUCGAAGUCGUCGACAUCACUGUCACCGUCACCAAGACCAUUUACAUCACUGUGCCUUGCAGCAUUCAAGCACCGACAACUGCCAGCGCGGUGGCCAUCCCAACUGGCGGCCAAUGGCCAUGGUGGGCUCAUCAUGAUCACGGCUAUGGACAAGGCUAUCCUUUCGGACGCGAUCCAUUCGGCGGACUUGACUGGGGCAACCCGCGCAACACUGACUGGAUUCACUGGUUCACUGUGACUGUAACCGACACUGAAACUGACACUGUCACCGCCUCCAUGUCCUCCACAGCAUCUAUCGGACCGAUUUCAGUCACAACGACAGCCUCUAGCACGUCAUUCACGUCCACCAGCAGCACCAGCUCGGCCUCAAGCACGAGCACUAGCAGCACGAGCUCAUCCAGCUCCACCUCUACUUCCAGUAGCACCUCAAGCUCCUCCACCACAUCGUCUACGUCCUCCACUUCGUCGAGUUCGAGCUCUUCGAUUACCAGUUCCUCUUCUACCUCGUCUAGCAGCACGACUACUACUACGGCCGCCGUUACUACGACUUUCCUCAUUGAAGCAGUAAGCACGGGCACUGCCAGGUUCCGCAGGCGAGCAAUCAACUAUGUUCGCUUCGAUGACGAUCUUGGUCUGAUUGAAAGUGACAUCGACAUUGCUGCAGAGUUUACUCUCGACACUGCUGGCGUUAUGGCAUCUGGUGGCUUGUUCAUCAACACUGACAACAACUACCCUUACCGCGCUUUCCAGCUUCUCGCCGAUAGGCCUACUGCCGACGAUGCCAGCUUCAGCAUUGACUCCAACACUGGCGAAAUCUUCGUCAGUGGCACCAACCAUGGAUUCUGUUUUGACCAGAAUUCGAAUUUGUUCAUUCUGUUCAGCGACACAACUGCCGAGCUGGGAUUUUCCUGUAUUGCCGUUGAACUUUUUGCAAUCAGGGUGCCAAGCAACUACACUACUAGCACGACUACUACGACUACUGGAUCUACAUCAACGAGCAGCACUCUGACGACCACAACGACUGCUGCUGGUGGAACCUCCUCCAGCAGUGUGACUGCCACAUCGACAAGCACUUCCACUGGCAGCAGCACCUCAUCUACUGCUACCUCCUCCAGGAAUGCCACUGUCUCGUCGACAAGCACUAGCAGUGUCAGCUCUUCCGUCGCACCCAUCAAUGGAACCACUUCUUCGUCUACAAGCACUGCCACGAAUGGAACAUCCUCCACCACGGGUACCUCGACCACGACCAGCAGCUCAGCUUCUGUGGCCCCUGUCAACGCGACCACGAGCAGCACAUCAUCCAGCCUGAGCACAACCGCUACCGGAACCUCGUCGACGAGUACCACUUCUGCCUCGAACGUGACUUCAGUGACAACCACCAGCGGAAGCACAACCACAACUCCCUUCGCUAACGUGACUUCGACGACUACCACUGCCGUCAUCAAUGGAACAUCAUUGACGACCAGCACUGGAAGCUCGACUACUGUUCCUUUCGCCAAUGCUACUUCGACGACUACUAGUGCCCGCCGCCGAGGGCACAACUACUACCACCGCCGAGGGCACAACUACAACCGCCGCCGAGGGCACAACUACUACCACCGCCGAGGGCACAACCACAACCACCGACCCGGGCACGACCACAACCACCGACCUGACCACGACCACGACCACUCUGGCAGUUCGAUCGCCUUUCCGAGUGAACGAGGAUGAUACUUGUAUGAUCUUAUUCAAAUGAGCAUGUUUUGUGUGUUAUGGUAUACGGCGCUGUACGGGCUUUUGUGGAUCAAGCAUCUUGAGGCUACGGGCGAUUGCGAUGACAAAGUGGGUUUCUGGGGAAUUC